AUGUCGCACGGGGUCUCCCACAGCAAGAAGGAGUUGCCCCCAGCAACGCACAAGCGCGAUUCGUCGAUUGGUGGUGGGGGGAGAGAAAUUGUCAUUCGCGUCGAUACCCUGUACAAGGGCAUGACCCCCACCGCGAAGAUGCUUCUCUCAAGGUUGCUUCUCGCAGUGCGUGGAGCAGCGAGCAACUUGCUCCACCUGUGCUGGCCAGCAUCGUCUUCUUCUCUUAAUAAAAAGAAGUGCUUCCGACGCCUGGCCUGCCACUCGUGCGUCGUCUUCUCGCUCGUGUCCGCUCUGCUGCUGCUCCAGGCCUCCCACCAAGUGACCCUCCAAAGCCGCCAGUCACCGUCUCGGCAAUCGCUCCUGCAGCGGCUGCGUCAGACCGUCGCCGGCCAAACGCGACCGAGCCAAGCGGCGGCCGGCCAGGGCGCUCAGAGCCUUCUGCCCGUCGACCGCGCGGGCACCAAACGCCCGCGCGGCAUGGAGGAGGAGGAGGAGGCACUCCAGUGGCCGACUGCCAUCGGUCACGCAGCCCCCGGACAAAGAGAUGCUCAGAAAUUCGCCGCCAAAAACGCGGCCGCUGGAAAACCGCAGGCCGCGCUCCCAGGUGCUGUGCGUCUGGAUGAGACGCGUCUGAACGGAACCCACGGAGUCAACAAACAUUCGGCUCCGACUGGGGACAGUCACACUCAGAGAGGUCAAGGCCACAAGAUCGAUAUGAAUGACACCGGGGAGGCGCGAGAAGGACUGAACAACAAACCACAUGCCGAGGACCUGGGGGGUUGGUGGCACCUUGUCCCCGGCACCAACACCUACCUGCUCUCCGCUCAUCUCGAUGAUCGCUUCAAGAUGGGUGCGUUCGUGCGGAUCCUGACGGUUUCACCGCGCAAAGAGGACCCUGACCUGUGCUGCACUCACUGGCGUCAAGGCAAGAGAAAUACGACCAUCCGCAUAUAUGAGCGGGAACUGCAUCCAGCUCAUUAUAGCUACAGGUACGCGGUUCACAGCCUGCUGUGUCUCAUUCCCCCGUGGCAGUCGCCGCCCGACCGCGUGUCGGUUGCCCUGUGCAAGCUGGAUCCACCGGCAGAGAGCGAAGGCCGUACCUCGCUACUCGUGCACCGUCCGACGGGCCCCAAGGUAGAAUUUGCCGUGUGCCUGCCCAUGCUCUUUGGCCGCUACGACCGGCUCCUUCACCUGCUUCAGAGCGUCGAGUUCUAUCGCCUUCUGGGCGCGAGCCUGGUCACCGUUUACAACUACAGCCUGGGCCCGAACGUGGACGCGGCACUGCACCUGUACGCCAAGGCGGGACUGGCUAAUGUGUUGCCCUGGCCGGUGAGCGAGCAUCUCAACGUGUCCACGGGAUGGCGCUUGGACCGGAACCCCGGCGACGUCCACUACUACGGGCAGAUCGGCUGCAUGACCGACUGUCUGUACCGCUCGGCGCAUCGCGCCCGCUGGGUCUUCAUGAACGACAUCGACGAAGUCGUGGUGCCGCACGCCUUCGCCAACUGGAGCGAGAUGGUGAGCGCCCUGUCUCCGGUGGGUGGCGAGAGCAACGGCGAGCAGCGCUUCUCCGUUUUCACGUUCAUGAACGGCAUCUUCCCACUGGAGCCACACGCCAUCUACCGCAAGCUGCCCGCGCGCGCCUGCGUGCACGAGAGCGAGGCUGACGUGGACUACUUGCGCACGCUCAGGCUCGUCACGGAUGGCAGGGCGACCAAGGUGCUGGUGGACUCGCGCUCGGUGGUGCACCAGGGCGUCCACCGCGCCGACACGCUGCUGCAGGGCGCGCUCGUGCUCAACGUGCCCGAGCAGGCGGCCCUGCUCCACCACUACAAGUCCGUUGGGGCGGCGCUGUUCCAGCCGGGGACAGAGAACGUGACGGAGGACCGGGCGACGCUGCUCUACAGGGAGCAGCUGCUUCCCCGCGUGCACGCCAUGCUGGCCAUGCUGUGCGCGCAGGGCGGGCCCCACGUGGUGCCUAAGCAGGCGUCCAAAUCUGCCAAACGUCCCACGAAAAAAAGGCCCAAGACGUAGAGAACGCUCCGCGCGUAACGACACUUUAUUUUUCUUCUCGUCAGCUUUCCCGUUGUGGGAACGUUGGUGGAAGACUUGAUGAAAAAAAAUAGUAUAUAUUCUUAAGAAAAAACUUUCAUACUUGACUCUCUUUUUAUUGAGAUAUUUUGUUGGUUUGGUCACUGUGAAUGUGAAAUGCCUGGGUGCCAACACUAACUAAGGAAGGAUGCGAUCUCCAACAUAAAUUACACGUUUGUGAUUACAAUGUGGUAGAUUUGUAAAAUAACUGGUCUUUAGUCUGAUUUUAAUUAUUUUUCCAGGUGGUAUAUAAAUCCUAGAAAGCUGCUGUAUGGGAUAGGUAUUUUAAAUUUGAGCGGUGGUGCACUACUACUGCGCUAUGAAUCGAACUAAUCAAAUUUGGUUCCCGGCCACGGCUCACAUCAGUGGCGAGUGAUAUUUGGACUGGUCUUUAAUCAAUGCUCUCCCACCUCCCCUCGUCCCUUUUCACUAACCCAGCACUGACCAGAGUGGUGAAAUAUAGUCAAACAACCCCCACGACUAACGCUGCGUCAGGAGGAGGCCCUUAUCGAGUGGUGGACAUUUUACGCGUGUUAUUUUAUACUACGGGAUUCAAUAUCUUAACGCAACCUCAUCUCAAGACGCCACGCAAAAUGGUGGGACAUGCACACAGGUUUGUUCGUUGAGAUGAGUUACCGCUAGUAUAAAUAAAAGACUGCACAUUAAAAUGUACGCAAGCUAGAAUAGGCUGAUGGCCAACUCUGCACCCGAUUGGCAAUGCGUUCUUGCAUUCGGAAAGACAGAUUUGAGGUUUGUGAUGUCCUCUUAACCAUGCAAGAAAUCAAGACUGGCUGUUAUUCUCAUAGGAUGUGUCGCCGAACUUACCAGGCCACGUUUUGACAUCUUUUCCACGCACAUAUAAGUAAAGCUAAGGUGCAGCUCUGCAAUUACUUGCUCACGCUCCUGCAGGUGAAAGGGCCUCCACUAGACAGUGCUACAGAGCCCUUCUCGGGGGUGUUUUUUGUGGCCGACUCUUCCACGCUUGCCACAUGUCUUGGAAGAAGUGGGAGCACCCCCACACUUUAACCCCAUUGCAACCGAUCUUCAGAUCGACUAACUGGUGGGCAGUAGAACCCCUUUUAACGGCGGUAAUUGGUUCGAUGAAACCGGCCGUUAAAUGAUUAGGUCGUUAAGCGAGUAUAGGAAAUAUAUGUCACAGGCUUAAUUAGUUUCGAUAGCAUCGAAAGUUACCUCUUUUUACCAAAAAAGUACUUUAUAAUACUUAAACAAUGGAUAUGAAUACAUAAAGAUACGAAAGACAUACACACAUCAUGUUAAAAGGAAACAUGGUUAAUCAAUCAAUUAAUAUUUUCUGUACCGCCAAUAGCCCAUCGUUAACAGGGGAAUGAUCGGUAAGCGAACACAGUGGGCUCUAUGGAGGCACUACACUACUAUACACUACACUAUACACUACACUAUACACUACAAUAUACACUACUAUACACUAAACUAUACACUACUACUAUACACUACACUACUAUACACUAUACACUACACUAUACACUACAUUACUAUACACUACACUACUAUUCACUACAAUACACUACUAUACACUACACUUCUAUAGACUGCACUAUAUACACAAAUUUACACAACACUACUAUACACUACACUACUAUACACUACACUACUAUACACUACACUACUAUACACUACUAUACACUACACUACUAUACACUACACUAUACACUACACGACUAUACACUAUUAUACACUACACUACUAUACACAACACACUACUAUACACUACACUACUAUACAAUACACUACUAUACACUACACUACUAUACACUACACUACUAUACACUACACUAUACACUACACGAUACACUACACUACUAUACACUACACUAUACACUACACUACUAUAUACAACACCCUACACUACUAUACACUACACUAUACACUACACUAUACACUACACUACUAUACACUACACUACUAUACACUACUACACACUACACUACUAUACACUAUACACUACACUACUAUACACUACACUAUACACUACACGACUAUACACUACUAUACACUACACUACUAUACACAACACACUACUAUACACUACACUACUAUACAAUACACUACUAUACACUACACUACUAUACACUACACAUUGGGCACAAUGGAGACCCGUCGUUAAGCGAUUAGUCGUUGACAGGGGUGGUCGCUAAGAGGGGUUCUACUGUACUCGUUUAUACUGCUGGGUGGACAGAGGAGGGUUUUUAUUUCAUAAACCUGGGCCCUUUGUUUCAACUGCUGUACCGGGAGAUUGAACUGGCAAACCCCUCUCUAUACACACACACGCACGUAUGCAUAUGUAUGUUGAACUUCUUUCGCACGGUACAUAGCCAACCGUGCUAAUUGGAGGUGCGGGUGGAAGCAGUGGUGAGCACACUGGACUCUCAGUCCACAAGACAUCAGCUAAACCAUCAUUUGUACUCCGUUGGACUUGGAUUUGCCUGAUUAAUUAAUUUAGUGUUGUCCGAUAGCUAACAGCCAAUGCGAUCCGAGCACUAAAUAUCAUGUGAUGUCCAUCUCCGGCAAAUCUAAUGGGAUGAAUCUUGAUGUCGUUUGACAACAGUAAGAAAUGCCUUGCGUUUGUUUUCUUCUUUCAAUGUCGGCCCAAUGAGUUAUCGUAGCGGAUGAUUUUACACGGGUGUUUUUAUUUUUGGUACGAUUUUUCUGUGGAGAACUGACGGCAAUGCAACACAACGUCUUGUGGCUCAUCCCAUUUGGCACUAGAAACCACGGUGACCACGAAGAAUGUGUGGCAACGUUCAUGGAUGCAAAGUUCUUUGAAAUGCCUGAGGUUUUUUUUUCUUGAGUUACACUGUAGUGGCAGAUGUUACUGUGUGUGUGUGUGUUUUUAUAUCGCCUGUGCUCGUUCAGCCGUACGCACACGUCCCAUUUUGACUGGAUAUGGGUUUCUGGUUUUUAAUUUUAUUGUUCGCUUCGGUUUGAACUGCUCAAGGUCGGUGCACACAAUCGUGUGAUCUGCCGGUGUAUUGAAUGUAUUUCUUUUUUUUUCUACACCUGCCUUUGCGCCUGGGAGGGAAGUUUUGCGGUGACGUUAGCAGUGAUUUUUUUAGGAGAUUUCAUAUCGCGGUGGCAGAUUCUGUCGCCGAUGUUGUUCGAUGACUAUUUUUAGACCGUUAGGUUGGUUCACACAGGAUUUUUGUUGGCCUCCUUUCGUCCGAACGUCACGCAUCUUUUGUUAAGUAAUAACCUGUUCACGCCGUGGUGGGGUAAGCGUAUUAUCAUUAGGUGAACGCUUUGUACGAGUGUGUUCAUAGUUUGCGAGCGGUAGCAUCGUGUGGGGCUGGCGCUCUGCACUUCAAAACCGGUCACCUGAGUGUAAUUCGCCGCCACAGCUAAAUAUGAGCUCGCUAACUUCACUCACACCAAAAGGAUAUAAGGCUACAUAGCACAUAUUUUUCUUUGUGUCAUAGUUUGGGACUAUUUAAUGUCUAAAUUAGGUCCAAACUAUUAACCUUAAUAGGUGCAAAUCUAAAUUACAUCAACAUCUCUUAUGUUUGAGCAAAUUUCACUUCGUCAACAAACUGUCAAUUAAAUCAGAGAUUGACACUAUUUACAUCGUCGCAAUUGUCUUUUUCCUUACGUCCCUGAAUUAAGACUUUGUAUCUUCAUUACUGCCACCCAAUAAGCCUCGUUUUUUAUUCAAAGCAGUUGGCUCCAUACUCUUAGGUUUUUUCGGUAAAGUCACGUAGGUAAAAAUAAUAAUAAAUAUAUAAAAUAAAAAAAUAUAAAAUGAAAAUAACUAAAUUAAAUCACGACGUUUCGGAGGCAACACAAGUCUCCGUAUUCAGGUGGGACCGUCACAGCCAAAUUUACUGUAUCAAGUGAAGGGAAAUCCAAGUGACAAGAUCUUAUAUACUCGUUCAGGGGAGGGGGGAGGAGCUUAUCUAAAUGUGGCAGUC